AUGGCUGAAAAUGCGGGCGGGGGACAGAACCUGGCGGUGCUGGACGCGCUGGACUCGGCGCGCACUCAGAUGUACCACAUGAAGGCCAUCGUGAUCGCCGGCAUGGGCUUCUUCACCGACGCCUACGACCUCUUCUGCAUCACCACCGUCUCCAAGCUGCUGGGCCGCAUCUACUAUCCGGAUGUCAACGCCGACAGUGGCAAGCCCGGCACGCUGCCCCUCAACAUCAACAACGCGGUCGUCGGCGUCGCGCUCGUCGGUACCCUCAUGGGCCAGCUCGUCUUCGGCUACUUCGGGGAUAAGCUCGGCCGCAAGCGCGUCUACGGCAUCACGCUGGUCCUCAUGGCCGCCUGCGCCAUCGCCUCGGGCCUCUCCUUCGGGUCCACGCAUAGAGCCGUCAUCAGCACGCUCUGCUUCUUCCGCUUCCUGCUCGGCUUCGGCAUCGGCGGGGACUACCCGCUGUCGGCGACCAUCAUGUCCGAGUACGCCAACAAGAAGACCCGCGGCGCCUUCAUCGCCGCCGUGUUCGCGAUGCAGGGCGUGGGCAUCAUCUUCGCGGGGCUCGUCUCCAUGAUCGUCUCAGGCAUUCUCCUCCACUACCACCCUGCGCCUUCGUACAAGGAGAACCCUGGGCUGUCGGCCCAGCUGCCGGCGGCGGACUACAUGUGGCGCAUCGUGCUCAUGCUCGGGGCGUUACCGGCGCUGGCGACCUUCUACUGGAGGAUGAAGAUGCCGGAAACAGCGAGGUACACGGCGAUCAUCGAGGGUAACGCGAAGCAGGCUUCCAACGACAUGCAGAAGGUGCUGGAGAUCACGAUCGACGACGAGCAGGAGAAGCUCGCCAAGUUCAGGGCGGCCAACGAGUACUCGUUGCUGUCCAAGGAGUUCGCGAAACGCCACGGACUGCACCUCCUCGGCACCACCACCACGUGGUUCCUCCUCGACGUAGCCUUCUACAGCCAGAACCUGACGCAGAAAGACAUUUUCCCAGCCAUCAACCUCACCGGCCCCGCAGAGUCCAUGAACGCCCUGAGAGAGGUGUUCGUCCUAUCAAGGGCCAUGUUCCUCAUCGCCCUCUUCGGCACUUUCCCCGGCUACUGGGUUACCGUAGCCCUCAUCGACAAGAUGGGAAGGUACCUGAUCCAGCUCCUUGGCUUCUUCAUGAUGUCCCUGUUCAUGCUGGUGAUGGGCAUCAAGUACGAAUACCUCAAGGAGAGCAACCACGUCCUCUUCGCCAUCCUGUACGCGCUCACUUUCUUCUUCGCCAACUUCGGGCCCAACAGCACCACCUUCGUGCUGCCGGCUGAGCUGUUCCCGACGCGCGUGCGCUCCACAUGCCACGCCAUCAGCGCCGCAUCGGGCAAGGCCGGCGCCAUCGUCGCCGCCUUCGGGGUGCAGAGGCUCACUCUCAAGGGCGACUCCAAGCACAUGGCAGAGGCGCUCAUCAUCCUCUCCGUCACCAACAUGCUCGGCUUCUUCUUCACCUUCCUCGUCCCGGAGACCAUGGGCCGGUCGCUCGAAGAGAUCUCCGGCGAGGACGGCAACAACGGCGUCGGCCCCGGCACCAACACCACCACCGCCGGCAUAGGCCUCGCGGACGUCAGCAAGGAUGACAAAUACCCUCAUUCAAGCACCGAAUGGCAGCCACCAUCGAUGCAGGCAUGA